CGCAAGGUCUUUUCUUGCAAGCUGCGAAAUUCCCCAAAGCUGUAUCAUUCCCGUUGAUCCAGACACCAUCCAUCUCAUUACGCCACUUUCUUAGAAUCCAUUUCUAGUUCCGUUUGCAUUUUGGCCUUCUUACACUCUGCAUUCUUAUUUCUUGUCGCCAUAUUCGUCUUGUCAGGGUCCUACCUCUCCGCGUCCCCAUCAUGAAGACCUCGACGAUCGUGUCAAUAUCUGUCGGGACAGUGGUCACCGGGCUGGUUGCAUAUGCCGUCUACUUUGAUUACAGGCGGAGAAACGACCCCGAGUUUCGGAAAGCUCUCAAACGAGAAUCGCGGAGGCAAGCCCGGAUAGCCAAGGAAGAGGCCGAGUUCCAAGGGAAGCAGCAACAGGAAGAGAUCAAACGGACAGUCCAGGAAGCCAUCGAGGAGGGCUUCCCGACGGACAUUGAAGAGAAGGAGGCAUUCUUCAUGCAACAAAUCGCACAGGGGGAGGCUAUGGCCGGUGACGGCUCUGAUCCGGUCGGCGCUGCCCUUUGCUUCUACAAGGGUCUCAAGGUCUACCCCGAACCACAAUCACUCAUCGGUAUCUACGAUAACACCGUCCCCAAAGAGAUCCUCGAGAUCCUCGCCGUCAUGGUUGCGCAAGAUAAGAAUCUGAAGGUUGGGUCUUUUGGCGCUGGUAGCGAAGGAUCCGACAGUGGACCGGGCGUCGAAUAAACCGUGGGCCCCUUGCAACGCGACGAAGAGCGACGAAAAAGUGUACCAACAAAAGAUUUCUAGUCCCUUUUGGUGACCUGCGCCUGGAUGGAGCCACUCUUAUCAGAUUUCCUCUGACGAAUCUCGCCUCCCUGUAUGAAAGAAAAGGCUGUAUACCAGCGCGGGUUGGGGGAAUGGGUUUGCUCCGACAAGCGUUCUAACAUUGGACAUAAUUUCAAUCAUCGCGCCCCUUUGGCCGAUCAUCUCAAUGAAAAAGAUUUUCAUGGCUUUACCCGCUGGUUUCUCAGGGACGCGCACAGAGAGAGUUUCGUGCUGUUUUGCCAGCCAGAGGUCCAAAAAGUGUGAUUGCACUGCGCAGGCAGACAUGAUUGAGCAAUGAUUUCCCCGUUCGACUGGCGUUAGUGAAGGCUUUGGAGGGAGCCUUCACGGUUCCCUUCUGAUGCACAGCAACUUGUCGACGACCAUCUGAGCACUCCUUCUUUCUUACUCACACCAACACUGCAUCAGCACGCCUCGAGCGCUUCCUGAUUUCAGUGGUGUUUGUUGAAGUCACCUCCGACUCUUGGGACAUCUGCUCAACCGCGGCGGACACAAUCUCUACACUGGAAAGAGUAGCAAGCGUGCCCUGUUCAUCGAUGAUUUCGUCUGCGUUCGCCUCUCAUAUCCCUU